AUGUGGGUGAAAUUAGAUGCAGUUUUAUAUAGUGCUUUAGAAAGCUGCAUCGUACCUAUUGAACAGGUUCCUUCCGGGUAUAUCUACAAUACAUUAUGUUGCAGCUUCGAAGAGGGAAAAUCGGAUAAGGAGAUUCUGGACAACUUGCUGCAGUCGACCCGUUACGACAAGCGGCUUCUGCCGCCGGUCCAAGGAACAUUGACUGUAAACGUGAGCGUAUUGCUGUUAAGCUUAGCUUCUCCUGAUGAGUCCAGUCUGAAAUACGAGGUGGAAUUCUUAUUGCAACAACAGUGGUACGAUCCACGAUUGCGUUAUAGCAACAGAUCCAAAUAUGAGUUUUUAAAUGCGAUUCAUCAUUACGAUAACAUCUGGUUGCCGGAUACGUAUUUCAUAAUGCAUGGAGAUUUCAAGGAUCCGCUCAUUCCUGUUCACUUUGCCCUGCGGAUAUACCGUAAUGGCACCGUCAACUAUCUUAUGCGGCGUCAUCUUAUCCUAUCCUGCCAGGGUAGACUUAAUAUCUUCCCUUUCGACGACCCAUUGUGUUCAUUCGCAAUCGAGAGCAUAUCGUAUGAACAGACAGCGAUUACAUAUGUGUGGAAAAAUGAUGAGGGUACGUUACGAAAAAGCCCAAGCCUGACGUCACUGAAUGCUUAUCUCAUUAAAAAUCAGACAAUCACAUGUCCGAUCAAAGUGAGCUGGCGAGGUGAGCAAAAUAAUCGUUUGUAAUAUUUUAUAAAUUUAGAAAAAAAAAAUCGAAAUGUUCAUCUCAAAUGAUUCUUUUGAGAAUUACAAAAAUGUUAUUAAAUGCACUCUGCAAUAUUAUUGUACGCUUUUAUGUUACUCGUUGAAGAUUAUUAGAAUU